CCUUCCUCUAGUUACUCGCCAUGUCUUCCGCACCGCCGCCCGACCCAAUCAACAACAACAACGAGAAGCAACCGGAGAAGCCGAGCUCGUCUACGCCGGCGCCUGAACCACAGGAUGCGGAGAUGGACACAACACCGGAUAAGCCCGCCGAGGAGACCUGGGAGGACAUACCGGAGGACAUCAUGUCCUUGAAGACGGAUGAGAUCCUCACAAGGAUACGGCUCAUUGAGAAUGAUAUCAAGGUCAUGCGAUCGGAAACGUUACGGUUACAACACGAGCAGAGCGUCAUGAAGGAGAAGAUACGGGACAAUGGCGAGAAGGUUAAGCAGAAUAAAGUUCUGCCUUAUCUCGUCGGAAACGUCGUGGAGAUCCUUGACAUAGACCCGGAAAUUGAAGAAGAAGGUGCUUCCCGCGACCUCGAUGCGAUGCGCCGUGGCAAGUGCGCCGUCAUCAAGACCUCCACCCGGCAGACCGUCUUCCUACCCAUCAUCGGCCUCGUCCCCGCCGAGAAGCUCAAGCCGGGUGACCUCGUCGGUGUGAACAAAGACUCGUACCUUGUGCUUGACACGCUUCCCGCGGAAUUCGACUCACGCGUGAAGGCAAUGGAGGUUGAUGAGAAGCCGACGGAGGAGUACACCGACAUCGGCGGGCUCGACAAGCAAAUUGAAGAGCUGGUGGAGGCUAUUGUAUUGCCCAUGGAGCAGGCGGACAAGUUCAAGACGCUGGGGAUCAAGCCGCCUAAGGGAUGUCUCAUGUAUGGCCCACCAGGUACCGGAAAGACGCUGCUUGCCCGAGCUUGCGCUGCACAAACAAACGCAUGCUACCUCAAGCUCGCCGGCCCGUCUCUCGUACAAAUGUUCAUUGGCGACGGUGCCAAACUCGUGCGCGACGCCUUCGAGCUCGCGAAGGAGAAGGCGCCUGCGAUUAUCUUCAUCGACGAACUCGACGCCAUCGGCACGAAACGUUUCGACUCCGAGAAGAGCGGCGAUCGUGAAGUGCAGCGGACCAUGCUAGAACUCCUUAACCAGCUAGACGGCUUCAGCAGCGAUGAACGUAUUAAGGUCAUCGCGGCGACCAACCGAAUUGACAUCCUCGACCCCGCUUUGCUCCGUUCAGGGCGUCUCGACCGCAAGAUCGAGUUUCCGCUCCCGAACGAGAUGGCCCGCGCGCGUAUCCUUGAGAUCCACUCGCGUAAGAUGGCCGUCUCACCCGACGUCAACUUCGAGGAGCUUGCGCGGAGCACGGACGAAUUCAACGGCGCGCAACUCAAGGCGGUGUGCGUGGAGGCCGGCAUGAUCGCGCUCCGAGAGGGCGCGACGAAACUCGGCCACGAGCACUUCUUGAGCGGUAUCGCGGAGGUGCAGAGCAAGAAGAAGAACGAUCUCAUGUACUUUGCUUGAUCUGCGCGCUCCUUGUGUACCUGUUUGGGAUACUCACGCUAUAUAUCGCUGUUUUACUUCCUCUGUCUUUCCGUAAUACUGACUUCUAUGAGAUUCAUGUACGCGUGCAUGAUGCCGCGAUCCAAAC